AUGGUUCCUGUAAGAAGCAACAUACGGGCAAAACAGUCCCACUCCUCCACCCUGUCAUCGGCCAUUGUGAGAGAACAGUUUCAAACAGGUAAGGGUAAAACAGUUAACAACGCAAUCUUAUCUGUUUUAUUAUAAUUUUUCACAAAACAUCAAAGCAUUUCCUCUUCCAUGUGCUUGCUCCUUUUUCUUCAGACAGGGAACAAACUCGAUCCAUUCCUGACAUACAAACAUCCGAGUCGUCGGCAGCAUCAUCCCCUGACGUGAAAAAAACACGUCGGAUCCUGUCACGGGCCGUCCUGACUGCCCUCUACAACCUGCCUCUGCCGCUGCUGCUGUGGGCACAGGUUGCCCUAGCCAUGAUGGCUCUGCGAGGGGCCAACCUGAAUCUGCUUUCCCCAGCGCUGCAGCGCCCCCGUGUUUUGGGAAGUCUGGCAGUAUUACAUUGCACUCUGCUGCUGGCAGCCGACCUGCUCUCCCCAAUGCUGCCCCCUGCCCUCCCUCUGGCACUACAGAGCCUCUCUCUCUGCUGGGUCCUGCCCCUCUGCCUGGGCAUUCUCACCCAGUCACUCUUCCACCUGCACCCCUUUUCUAAGACCCCCAUACCCCAGUGGGGGGCCCCUCAGAGGAUUGAGGAGCGUGUGAGGCGUGUGACAGCGGUGUGUGCCCUCCUGGUGGGUGCUGUGCUCCGGCCUGCAGAUCUACAGCCUGCUCUGGCUCUAUGGGCUGCUGGGGGACUGGAGGCACUUCGGCUGGGGCUGGUGGCUGGGCCAGUUCUGGGCUCGGGUGCUCAAGCUUUCUGGGGCUUCUCUAUGCUGGUGCUGAGCUCCUGCGUGUUCUGGACUCCCCGGAGGAGCCAUGUUUGAGUGACCACAGCCAAGGGAGGGCAGAGGGAGCGUCGUUUUGGGACAGGUUGCAGAAAACCCUGCGGCUGGGGCCUUUCACGAAGUCAGAGAACAACUGGGCGGAGCUCAUGCCGAACAACUGGGUGUGGCAGCAUCACUCGAAAGCAGACAGCGGCUCCAUAUGCCGUGUCUAUGAUGAUCCCCCCACCACAGACAGUCUGAGAGACACCAUGUCACCAUCUCGUCAUAAGGGUGGAGGAGGACCCACUGCCAUCAGCAACCCUCCCCUACUGUGGCAGCGGGUGGGUGAGCACGAGUGCAUCCUCUCCUUCAUUGAGUUCGACAUGCGUCCGUUGUCACGAUCAACCUCAGCAUCGACAACGCGCUCCACCGUGAUCACGGACACCUGUUAGGGGUGGGCAGCCACUUCACAGCCCCACCCCCUUCUUCCUGGACCCACCAAGCUGGGGCUGACGCUUACAUCUCACUGGGGGACAGUGAGAUCACACCCGCCUCUCACACCUCUCAUGGUGGCUAUGGGUGGGUGCUGGACGCUGGUUCCAUGCCUGCAACUCCUGACCAUUUCAAAGCCAAGGAGCAGCCAAAGCCAGAGCCUCAUCCACAGUCAUUGGAGGCUUCUGAUCAGAUCCUUCAGCCAUAUCCAACCCCUGAGCACCAGGAGGAGGAGGUUCCAGACAAUGAUGUAAACAUGUCUAUAGUUCCAGACAAGGUGAAUGAGCCAGGGGUCACUCAGGAGGAUGACGGGUCCAGCAUGGGCUGCAGUGAUGACGUUACAGACCUAUGA